AUGUCGGAGUCCCGUCAAACUCGACGUAAGACAGAACAAGAUGCUGAACAUAAGCGAAUCGGAGACCUAGCCAUGAUGCUCAUUCUUCACUGGAUAGCUUCGAAACGAAUUCAAGGAUUGAUCGUAGAGUUAACGGAAGGCAAGCGAUGUGUACUACCGAAACCAGAGUGGGAUAGUUACCACUAUUGCGUAAUGUGCGGCGCUCAUGGAAGAUUUCGUCUAGCGCAACACACACUAAGGAAACAUCCGGAUCUUAGUCACAGAAGCGAUGAAUUUAAGGUGGUGGAGCAAGUAAGCCGUGGAAUAACGGAAAGGAUGAAGAAAGCAUCGAUAGAUAUGCACAAGGUUCUAGUAGUAGUACUAGUAGAAAAUACCGCAUUCACAGAGAAAUUUUCGAACAACUACGCGAGUGCGGAAUCCCCGCUUUUCCCAGUGUCAUCGUUAAGACUUGGUCGAAUCGUCACAAUGGACGAUGCGAUUUUUUCGUCCGGUAUACUGUUAUCGUUCUUCGAAACAAUACAAAAAGCCAAGGUGCCAGUAACAACCAGGAAAGGGUUUACUAAAGCGUUAAGCACAUGGUACCACUUUCUGCUCCUUGUCCGCAAUACUGGUAUGGGACAGCAACGUUUGGCUGAAGUGGAGCAGGCGAGAUAUCGUGUGAAAGAUAUUUUGGAUAGAAUGAAAGGAGAGGAAAAAAUCCAAGUUACUUUUCGUGGAGUGUUGCCAAGAAGACAACGAAAAGCAGAGAUGUUGUGCAGUGUAGUUCGCAUGAUCGUAACUCACAACCGAGUGCUCAAUGCGAUGAGGGAGAUAUACAGCGUUUGCACCGACACUCAUAACCUAGAGCGAAGAGAAUACAACCAUUUCAUGGGAGCUCUUAUGGCGUACAUUGUGCACUGCAAUACUGCGGGGAACGAGUGCAUCUACAAAAUGAUGCACGGCUCUAUAUAUCCCCCGUCCGACCGUGAGCCGUCAGAAACUGGGAAAUCGAUAACGAGAAGAGAUGGUGUAAUGGUAGAUUAUUGGGUUGGCGUGUACGGUAAAGGAAAGACAGCGGAAAGAAUACGCAAAGAAAGCACCUACCGAGGGAAUUUUUUCGUCAUCGAUGAGGUGUCGCGGUUGCUGGUUGAAAUGUACACCAGAAUGCGUGAAUGGGUAGCUGAACGUAACGAAAUCCGUCUAGCAAGUAUUGAACAACCCGAUUCACCGUUCUUCCUUAGUUGGUUCGGUCGAGCAGUGUCGCGAUCGAUGGUCCCAAGACUAAUGAGGAGGUUUUUUACAAAUUCUGGUUGUGAUAGUCUAAAUAUCUCCUGUAACACGUCAAGACAUCAGACAGCCAGGUUGCAAUACGAACGAUACUUGGAGAAAUUGUAUCGGAGUCAACAAAUGCCAGGAUACGCCACUGAAGGUCACAAACCGUUAACUCAACUACUGAACUAUAACGAUAGCUGCAUCUCUGCCUGUGCGAUAGCUUACAGUCGCCUAAUGAAGUAUGCGGAUCGUGAAGCAAGGAAAAAUACGGAUAUCAUCGAAAGAAUCGCCAUUUUCGGCUUGAAAGAAGAGUUGGCGCGUGAUCAGGAAGAAGCUGAAAUAGGCGAGGAUCUAGAAACACCAGAAAGUGUGGCGGCGGCAACGGCAGCGGCAGCAACAGACGACGGCGAAACAACGUCACUGUCUUCAGCGGAGGGAAAUCAAUACACGUUUGAACUUGAAUCGGAAGGAGUAGGAGAAGCAGGAGCACUCGAGAGAAGCAGCUUUUCACCCACUGCUUCCUCUUCACCAUUGGUGCGACGAAGAAAAUAUCCACCAGUAAAAGGGGAAAGUAGUAGAAGCGCGCAGCUAUCCGCCGGCGGUGAUUACAGGAUCGAUGAGAGACCAGUAUCAGUGCUUGUGAAUCCAGACGAACUGGCGUUCGAAAGUGUGGAGUCCAGUGCAGCCGAGCUCGGGGAGGACGCAGCUCGCGGAGACCAGUAA